GUAUCAGUUGAACCUUUUUGCUAGGAUGUGUCUAGACCGCCAGUACCUGGCCAUCAAUGAAAUAUCAGGCCAGCUGGAUGUCGAUCUCAUUCUCCGCUGCAUGUCUGAUGAGAACCUGCCCUAUGACCUAAGGGCGUCCUUCUGCCGUCUUAUGCUUCAUAUGCACGUGGACCGAGAUCCCCAGGAACAAGUCACUCCCGUGAAAUACGCCCGCCUGUGGUCUGAGAUUCCCUCAGAGAUCGCCAUUGAUGACUAUGAUAGUAGUGGAACUUCCAAAGAUGAGAUUAAGGAGAGGUUUGCACAGACCAUGGAAUUUGUGGAGGAGUAUUUAAGAGAUGUGGUUUGUCAGAGGUUUCCUUUCUCUGAUAAGGAGAAAAAUAAGCUUACCUUUGAGGUUGUAAAUUUAGCUAGGAAUCUCAUAUACUUCGGUUUCUACAACUUCUCUGACCUUCUUCGAUUAACCAAAAUCCUCCUGGCCAUACUGGACUGCGUGCACGUGACAACCAUCUUCCCCAUUAGCAAGAUGGCAAAAGGAGAAGAGAAUAAAGGCAGUAAUGUAAUGCGGUCCAUCCACGGGGUUGGAGAGCUGAUGACCCAGGUGGUGCUCCGGGGAGGAGGCUUUUUACCCAUGACUCCCAUGGCUGCCGCCCCUGAAGGCAACGUGAAGCAGGCAGAGCCAGAGAAGGAGGACAUCAUGGUCAUGGACACCAAAUUGAAGAUCAUCGAAAUACUCCAGUUUAUUUUGAAUGUGAGGUUGGAUUAUAGGAUCUCCUGCCUCCUGUGUAUAUUUAAGCGAGAGUUUGAUGAAAGCAAUUCCCAGACUUCAGAAACAUCCUCCGGAAAUAGCAGCCAAGAGGGGCCAAGUAAUGUACCAGGUACUCUUGACUUUGAACACAUUGAAGAGCAAGCAGAAGGCAUCUUUGGAGGAAGUGAGGAGAACACCCCCCUGGACUUGGACGACCACGGCGGCAGAACCUUCCUCCGAGUCUUGCUGCAUUUGACGAUGCACGACUACCCGCCCCUGGUGUCGGGGGCCCUGCAACUUCUCUUCCGGCACUUCAGUCAGAGGCAGGAGGUCCUGCAGGCCUUCAAACAGGUCCAGCUGCUUGUUACCAGCCAAGAUGUCGACAACUACAAACAGAUCAAACAAGACUUGGAUCAGCUGAGAUCCAUUGUGGAAAAGUCGGAGCUCUGGGUGUACAAAGGGCAGGGCCCUGACGAGGUCAUGGAUGGUGCCUCUGGUGAAAAUGAACAUAAGAAAACAGAGGAGGGGAAUAACAAGUCACAAAAGCACGAGAGCACCAGCAGCUACAACUACAGGGUGGUAAAAGAGAUUCUGAUUCGCCUCAGCAAACUCUGUGUUCAGGAGAGCGCGUCUGUGAGGAAGAGCCGGAAGCAGCAGCAGCGCUUGCUCCGGAACAUGAGCGCGCACGCCGUGGUGCUGGAGCUGCUGCAGAUCCCCUAUGAGAAGGCUGAAGAUACCAAGAUGCAGGAGAUAAUGAGGCUGGCACAUGAAUUCCUACAGAAUUUCUGUGCAGGCAACCAGCAGAAUCAAGCCUUGCUACACAAACACAUAAACCUGUUUCUCAACCCAGGGAUCCUGGAGGCAGUCACCAUGCAGCACAUCUUCAUGAACAAUUUCCAGCUCUGCAGUGAGAUCAAUGAGCGGGUUGUCCAGCACUUUGUUCACUGCAUUGAGACUCACGGUCGAAACGUCCAGUACAUAAAGUUCCUGCAGACGAUCGUCAAGGCAGAAGGGAAAUUCAUCAAAAAAUGCCAAGACAUGGUCAUGGCUGAGCUGGUUAAUUCGGGAGAGGACGUCCUCGUGUUCUACAACGACAGAGCCUCUUUCCAGACCCUGAUCCAGAUGAUGAGGUCAGAACGGGACCGGAUGGACGAGAACAGCCCUCUCAUGUACCACAUCCACCUGGUGGAGCUCUUGGCUGUGUGCACCGAGGGCAAGAACGUCUACACGGAGAUAAAGUGCAACUCUUUGCUCCCGCUGGAUGACAUCGUCCGCGUUGUGACCCACGAGGACUGCAUCCCCGAGGUUAAAAUUGCAUACAUUAACUUCCUUAAUCACUGCUAUGUGGAUACUGAGGUGGAAAUGAAGGAGAUUUACACCAGCAAUCACAUGUGGAAAUUGUUUGAGAAUUUCCUUGUGGACAUCUGCAGGCACUCCUUUUUCUGCCGGUUAACAGAAGAUAAGAAGUCAGAAAAAUUCUUCAAAGUCUUCUAUGACCGAAUGAAGCUGGCCCAGCAGGAAAUCAAAGCAACAGUGACUGUGAACACCAGUGACUUGGGGAAUAAAAAGAAAGAUGAUGAGAUAGACAGGGAUGCCCCAUCCCGGAAAAAAGCCAAAGAGCCCUCGACACAAAUAACCGAAGAGGUCCGAGACCAGCUCCUCGAGGCCUCUGCUGCCACCAGGAAAGCCUUCAGCACCUUCCGGAGGGAGGCUGACCCUGACGACCACUACCAGUCCGGGGAAGGUGCCCAGGCCACAGCGGACAAGACCAAGGACGAGCUGGAGAUGAGCGCGGUCAUCACCAUCAUGCAGCCCAUUCUCCGGUUCCUGCAGCUCCUGUGCGAAAACCACAACCGGGACCUGCAGAACUUCCUUCGUUGCCAAAAUAACAAGACCAACUACAAUUUGGUGUGUGAGACGCUGCAGUUCCUGGACUGUAUUUGUGGAAGCACUACUGGAGGUCUUGGUCUUCUCGGGCUCUAUAUAAAUGAAAAGAAUGUAGCCCUCAUCAACCAAACCCUGGAAAGUCUGACUGAAUACUGUCAAGGACCAUGCCAUGAGAACCAGAACUGCAUAGCCACCCAUGAAUCCAAUGGCAUUGACAUCAUCACAGCCCUGAUCCUUAAUGACAUCAAUCCUUUGGGAAAGAAGAGGAUGGACCUUGUAUUAGAACUGAAGAACAACGCUUCCAAGUUGCUGCUGGCCAUCAUGGAGAGCAGGCACGACAGCGAGAACGCAGAGAGGAUCCUUUAUAACAUGAGGCCGAAGGAACUGGUGGAAGUGAUCAAGAAAGCCUACAUGCAAGGUGAGGUGGAAUUUGAGGAUGGGGAAAAUGGCGAGGACGGAGCUGCCUCCCCCAGGAACGUGGGGCACAACAUCUACAUAUUGGCUCAUCAGUUGGCUCGGCAUAACAAAGAACUUCAGACCAUGCUGAAACCCGGAGGCCAAGUGGAUGGGGAUGAAGCUCUGGAGUUUUAUGCCAAGCACACGGCCCAGAUAGAGAUUGUCAGAUUGGACCGAACCAUGGAACAGAUUGUGUUCCCUGUGCCCAGCAUAUGUGAAUUCCUAACCAAGGAGUCGAAACUGAGAAUAUACUACACUACAGAGAGGGAUGAGCAAGGCAGCAAGAUCAAUGACUUCUUCCUGCGAUCUGAGGACCUCUUCAAUGAAAUGAACUGGCAGAAGAAACUGAGAGCCCAGCCCGUUCUGUACUGGUGUGCCCGCAACAUGUCUUUCUGGAGCAGCAUUUCAUUUAACCUGGCUGUCCUGAUGAAUCUGCUCGUGGCGUUUUUCUACCCAUUUAAAGGAGUCCGAGGAGGAACACUGGAGCCACACUGGUCAGGACUGCUGUGGACAGCCAUGCUCAUCUCUCUGGCCAUUGUCAUUGCCCUCCCCAAGCCCCAUGGCAUCCGGGCCUUAAUUGCUUCCACAAUUCUCCGGUUGAUAUUUUCGGUUGGAUUACAACCCACGUUGUUUCUUCUGGGAGCUUUCAAUGUCUGCAAUAAAAUCAUCUUUCUAAUGAGUUUUGUGGGCAACUGUGGAACAUUCACUAGAGGUUACCGAGCCAUGGUUCUGGAUGUUGAGUUCCUUUACCAUUUGUUGUAUCUGCUGAUCUGCGCCAUGGGCCUCUUUGUCCACGAGUUCUUCUACAGUCUGCUGCUUUUUGAUUUGGUAUACAGAGAAGAGACUCUGCUUAAUGUCAUUAAAAGUGUCACUCGCAAUGGACGGUCCAUCAUCUUGACAGCAGUUCUGGCUUUGAUCCUGGUUUACCUGUUCUCAAUAGUGGGCUAUCUUUUCUUCAAAGAUGAUUUUAUCUUGGAAGUAGAUAGGUUGCCCAAUGAAACUGCUCUUCCAGGAGCCGGCGAGAGUUUGGCAAGCGAGUUCCUAUACUCUGACGUGUGUAGGGUGGAGACUGUGGAGAACUGCUCCUCUCCUGCACCCAAAGAAGAGCCGGUCCUUGCAGAAGAGACGAAGCAAGACAAAGAGCACACGUGUGAGACGCUGCUGAUGUGCAUCGUCACGGUGCUGAGUCAUGGGCUGAGGAGCGGGGGCGGAGUAGGAGAUGUGCUCAGGAAGCCAUCCAAAGAGGAGCCCCUCUUUGCCGCUAGAGUGAUCUAUGACCUCUUGUUCUUCUUCAUGGUCAUCAUCAUCGUCCUUAAUCUGAUUUUCGGGGUCAUCAUUGACACCUUUGCUGACCUGAGGAGUGAGAAGCAGAAGAAGGAGGAGAUUUUAAAGACCACAUGCUUUAUCUGUGGCUUGGAGAGAGACAAGUUCGACAACAAGACUGUCACCUUUGAAGAGCACAUCAAGGAAGAACACAACAUGUGGCACUACCUGUGCUUCAUCGUGCUGGUGAAAGUGAAGGACUCCACAGAGUACACUGGGCCCGAGAGCUACGUGGCAGAAAUGAUCAAGGUGAGCCGGAAGCUCCUGGAGGUGGCUCACACUUGGGCCGGGACCGCAGCUCUGUCCUCGGGGCGAGCAGCACGGUACGGGAGCCAGCGAGCAGGUCACACAGCAGAAAAAGAACGUCUAAUGUGUCCUGGGCUACUGAGCUCUUAGCCUAGGUGAGGUAUUAGACUCUAGAGUUUGUGUGUCCUCUCAAGUGAACUGCAGAAGCACCAGACAGGUGGUAUCAUCCCCAUUUUAAAGGAGGAAACGGUGAGGCUCCACGACAUUCGAACACGGCCACCUAACUGGGGCUGGGCUUUUAACCUAGAUCUAACCCCACAACCUGAUUUCCCAUCUCUACGUACUCAGCCUCUUUUCUUCGUC